AUGGCAUCAGUUUCCUCCACUCUAACCUACUGGCUCGUGAACCACCCCAACAUCGCCAAUUUCACGUGGACCGAAGGUGAAACCCUAGGCUCCACCGUCUUCUUCGUCUCCGCCGCAGUCUCCGUUUACCUCUCCGCCACAUUUCUCCUCCGCUCCGCCAUCGAUUCACUCCCCUCACUCGGUCCCCGCAUUCUCAAACCAAUCACGGCCAUCCACAGCCUAAUCCUCUGCCUCCUCUCCCUAAUCAUGGCCGUCGGUUGCACUCUCUCCAUCACCUCAUCUCGCGCGCUCUCAGAUCCGAAGGCGCGUUUCCUCCACGCGAUCUGCUUCCCGGUCGAUGUGAAACCUAACGGACCGCUUUUCUUCUGGGCUCAAGUCUUCUACCUCUCGAAGAUCCUCGAGUUCGGAGAUACAGUCCUCAUCAUACUCGGCAAAUCAAUCCAGCGUCUCUCGUUCCUCCACGUGUACCACCACGCGACGGUUGUGGUCAUGUGCUACCUCUGGCUCCGAACCCGCCAAUCGAUGUUUCCGGUUGCGCUCGUGACGAAUUCGACGGUCCACGUCAUCAUGUACGGCUACUACUUCCUCUGCGCCGUCGGAUCCAGGCCCAAGUGGAAGAGGUUGGUGACGGAUUGUCAGAUUGUGCAGUUUGUUUUCAGCUUCGGGUUAUCCGGUUGGAUGCUCCGCGAGCAUUUCUUCGGGUCGGGUUGCUCCGGGAUCUGGGGAUGGUGUUUCAACGCGGCGUUUAAUGCUUCUCUGUUGGCUCUCUUUUCCAACUUCCAUUCCAAGAACUACGCGAAGAAGACGAGAGAGGUGGGAAACAAAAGCGAUUAA